CAUGCGCAAACGGAUCGGGCAGCUCCGUUGUACAGGCGGUGACAAGGACGUUAGCAUUUAGCAUUUAGCAGCGCUAAAUAGUGCCAGUCUGCUCGCUACAAGACACCAAAAUGUUGAAAGAGUUGGUAAAAGAGCGAUUAUUGGCGGCAGCUGAUGAAAUAUUCGCGCUGUUUGAAAGAACGAUAGUGUUGUACGAGGAGGAACUUUCUCGAACGAGAGAGGAGAAGGAGCGACAUCGACAACAACUGGAAGCUGUUCGCAAAACUCAAAUUGUGCUACACGUUGAAGGCAGCCAGCAGCUGAUUGGUCAUCAAGAAGAGCGUCCUCCGAAACUACAGGAUGGAAUCUCCACUUUCGACCAGGAUGAUUUACGGCCCCCCGAAAUUAAAAAGGAAGAGGAGGAACACGAUAUCAGUCAGUCAGGAGAAGAGUGUCUUCUUCGGCUUCAUGAGGCUGAUCUCACCAAGUUGCCUCUGACUGGUGUCUCUGUGAAGACUGAAGAACAUAAAGACAAAACACAAGUUCACAACCUCUUUGCUCCGCUAUCAGAUAAUGCCGACAUAACAUCACAAUGUACAGUGGAUGAAGACGAGAACAACACCCAAGAACCUUUUAGCAGCGAUACAAACUGUGAUGGUGAUGUGUGGACUCACAUUAACAAAUACCCUGAAUGCUCUGAAGAGAAGUCCGGUAAAAAAAGUUUUAUCUGCUCAUUUGGUGCCCAGAGCUUUUGUAAUACCAUGGAUUCUGCUCCAUACAUGAAGACACAAACAGGACAAAAACCUUUUGGUUGCUCCGUUUGCCACAAUAGUUUUUCUCAGAAGUCCACCUUGACUUUACACAUGAGAACACACACAGGAGAAAAACCUUUCAGUUGCUCCGUUUGUUGCAAUAGUUUUUCCCAGAAGUCCACUUUGACUGCACACAUGAGAACGCACACGGGAGAAAAACCUUUCAAUUGCUCAGUUUGCGGCGAUACAUUUUCCCAGAGGGGCUCUUUGACUGCGCACAUGAGAAUACACACAAGCGAGAAACCUUUUAUUUGUGCAGUUUGCGGUGAUAAAUUUUCUCGAAGGUCCAGCCUCAAACUACACAUAAGAACACACACAGGAGAAAAACCUUUCAUUUGUUCAGUUUGCGGUAAUACAUUUUCUCGAAGGUCGAGCCUUAAAUGUCACGUGAGUAAACACACAGGAGUAAAACCUUGUAUCUGCUCCGUUUGCGGAAAAAUAUUCUCUGAGAAAAAAAAUAUGGUAUCUCACAUGAGAACACACACUGGAGAGAAACUUUUUAUUUGCUCAGUUUGUGGUGAUACAUUUUCCCGGCAAGACAGAUUGAAAUUACACAUGAGAAAACACACAGGAGAGAAAUCUUAUAGUUGUCCAUUUUGUGAUCAAGGUUUUUAUGAUGAGCAAAGUUUGACAGCACACAUGUCGACACACAGUGGAGAAUAAAUGUUUUCCUGUCAAAUUGUGUGCUAUAAGAUUGUCAAGUUGUGGAAGUGGAAUGUCUCAUGUGAAAAUUAGUAGUAGUACAAGUAAAAAUAAUAGUUGUACAUCACUUAGGUAGUGAUGAUCUGUUGUGUGUAUGAUACCAGAUUCCCUCAUGAGUUCCAGGCUAGUGUGCCACCAAGAACAGCAGCUACAUUAUUUUAAAUCAACUCUGAAGCAAAGAAAAAAAUGUUGAUUAACAAGGUCAGACAUUCUGGUUGGUUGAAGACAGAAUAAAUGGAGUUUUCCCUCACAUCAAAAGUGUGUUUGGUAGAUUACCUGUCUUUGUGAUGGCUCCAAGAUUUUCUUCAUCAGUUAAAGGCUUACUGAAAUGAGAUUUUCUUAUUCAAACGGGGAUAGCAGGUCCAUUCUAUGUGUCAUACUUGAUCAUUUCGCGAUAUUGACAUAUUUUUGCUGAAAGGAUUUAGUAGAGAACCUCGACUAUAAAGUUUGCAACUUUUGGUCGCUAAUAAAAAAGCCUUGCAUGUACCGGAAGUAGCAGACGAUGUGCGCGUGACGUCACGGGUUGUGGAGUUCCUCACAUUGUUUACAAUCAUGGCCGCAAGCAGCGAGAGCGAUUCGGACCGAGAAAGUGACGAUUUCCCCAUUAAUUUGAGCGAGGAUGAACUAAUCGUGGAUGAGGAUAGUGAGAGUGAAGGACUAGAAAAAAAAAAAAAGAGAGUGCAGUGGGAGCGAUUCAAUGUUAUUAGACACAUUUACUAGGAUAAUUCUGGAAAAUCCCUUAUCUGCUUAUUGUGUUACUAGUGUUUUAGUGAAAUUAUAUAGUCGUACCUGAAAGUCGGAGGGGUGCGACCACGGGUGUGGUAACCGCCAGUGUCUCUGAGGGAAGCCACGUUUCCAAAACGAGGCGAAGCGAAGGGGCCGGGCUGAGCUUUUUUUCCCCCUCCUCAAUGGUGGAAGCAUCCCACGUUCGGGGGCGGCCGGUCGGAGGGAGGCAGGAGAGUCGCAACUGCCUCUUUGACAGGUGCACGAGCAACGACGCAAGCUCCGCUUAUGUCUACGAUAAGAGCCGACUUAUUACCACAAUUUUUUCACCGAAACCUGCCGGUUGACGUGGCAGAGAACCAUGUUCGCUUGACCGCUCUGUUCCAUAUUCAAGCUUCACUUUCGGGAAUGUAAACAAGAAAACACCGGCUGUGUUUGUGUUGCUAAAGGCGGCCGCAAUAGACCGCUUCCCACAUACAUCUUUCUUCUUUGACUCCUCCAUUAUUAAUUGAACAAAUUGCAAAAGAUUCAGCAACACAGAUGUCCAGAGUACUGUGUAAUUAUGCGAUUAAAGCAGACUACUUAUAGCUGGGAUCGGGCUGGAACAAAAUGUCCGAUACAAUCCGAGACGUCACACGCACGCGUCAUCAUACCGCGACGUUUUCUACAGGAUACUUCACGCAAGUUUCAAAUUGCAAUUUAGUAAACUAAAAAGGCCGUAUUGGCAUGUGUUGCAAUGUUAAUAUUUCAUCAUUGAUAUAUAAACUAUCAGACUGCGUGGUCUGUAGUAGUGGGUUUCAGUAGGCCUUUAAUAAAAGGAGCUGUAAAUUACACAUCAAGUACAUAAAACAUAAUAUAUUUCCCUAUUGAAUAAGGUAAAAUAACUCCUAAAUCAAAAAGUCACUUCAUACUCUGAAUUGCUCAUUGGUGUUAUUGUAACGACAUGUGUUUCAAAUUAUUUAGGCCUUUAUCGUGUACGUAAAAAGUCAGACAUUUGUAUGCCAUUAUUAAGAUUGUUAUUGAUCCAAUGUUGAUGUUCCUCUUUCAUGUUUAAAAGCCACAUACAAUAUUAACUGUCCUUUGUUCAUGCACAUUAAUGUUUAUCAAGUGUGUUCAUUAAAUCAAUAUAUUCUUCUGA